GGUUCAUAUAUAUCAUGUAGGCAGGAGCACCUUGAGAGAUCAUUGACCUGAAACAAUGAAGCCGAAUUCAAUGAAAGUUUCCAAUACUAUCAUGUCUUCCCUUGGCAGCAAUUGUAAGCUGAAAAGAAGUCCUGGCUGUCAUGACUUGCACAAGUUAUUAGACCUGUAUGUUGAACAGGAAAAGAACGAGGGUAGGAGUACUAGCACUGGUGAUGAUGUGAAUGUUAAUGCUUCUUAUUCUUCAUCUGUUAUUGACAAUUACCAAGAUGGGAAUGCUUCAACUUUCGACUUCAGUAAGAUAUCUGAGGCCCUGAAUGAUGCAAAGGACAAUGCUAAUGCUUCUUCAUCUGAUGCCAACAAAGAUGUGACUACUACUACUACUUACCUGAAACUCCCUGAAUUCAGUAAGCUCUCGGAGGCACUUGUGGACACGGAAACACAAGAAGCUCUGGUGGGAUUAAAGCUUUUCCAUGUACCUGUGUUGAGAUAUACGCAUUAUUUUCGAAGACAUUCAACUUCUUGGUAAGUCGGCGUGGAACUGAGCAAAUAAGGCUCAGUAUUUUUUGCCCAGAGAAGUUUUACUUAUUACAUAUUCAUGGUAGGAUGCUCUAGUUUGAUUCUUUGGAGCCCAAUUUUGUGAUUUAAUAUUCCUGUGCUUAAUUUUAGGACACAUUAAUUUGCUUCUUUUAUUAGGACAGUAAGUAUAUUCAUCUUGAUGAUGCCAAUGCUGUGAGUUUGAUCAUAAAAGUUACCUCUUUUAAUCGUUUUCUUGGCAUGCGGUAAGUUUUUAACGAAAUUGCCUAUACUUUUAUUAUUCUUAUCAACCCUGCUUGGUUUCUUGGGACUGGGUGAUAUUUCAUUGCAAUCAAUUAUGGAAAAGUACCACGAGCUAUAGAUGCUUCAUAAUAUUCGUUCAAUUUAAUCUUAAUACAGUAUCUCCUUUUAUUUUUCACUUUGUUUGAAAUUUGAAUAUACUUUGUUGUAGGUCAAUUUGGUUUGGGGACCAUAUUAUGCAUUCCGUUAUUGGUUCUGCUAACUUAUUAAUCAAAAGUAGCUUUUAAACCCAUGCAAAUGCACGGGAAUUAUAUAAGUAC